CAUAUUCAUCACAUAUACAUAAUUUGACCGUAGUCUCCGACCGUCUCCAUUUUUGGCAAUUUCUCACAUACCGAAAGGGAAUGUUAUAAAGGAAAAAGUUAACGGGGCGUUUUAUACCUAUCUCCCGUUCCCUCUUCUUGACUGAUGGCAUUGCAGUAAAACUUUCAUUUUCAAAACAUCGGUAGUAUAUGAAUAAGUCCAGCUCUGCAUUGAUGAGUUGAAGGGGGUUUUGUGGUUUAGGUUGACCACCCAACAGUCCAACAGUGUGUACACACUUCACUGCCUUUCUGAAUUUCUACUAGUGAUACUGUCACUUCUUUGGUUAAUGAUUUUUAAUUGCAAUUGAGAGUUUUCCAUUUUCUUUCACACACUGCUGAUUGAGUAUGAAUUAUUCUGCAAAUUUGUAUGCGAAGAGAACAGCAUAUGAAGAAAAUAAAAAUUUUAUUUGAACAUAAUUAGGUUGGUAUAACGAACUGCUUCCGUUUGAAUCCCUCUCUACCUCUCUCUUUCUCUCUUAAUGCUUGGUUGUUAAGCUUUCCACUGGCCCACGUCUUGGUCUCUCGAAGUUCCUUUCUUUUGAUGCAGUUCCGCUAUGCUGCCACAGUGAAAGGGAAACAACGCCAGCAGACCGCCGCUGCGACUGCUGCUAUCUUAAACUUUAUUACAGCCACAAUUGUUGUUUUACCGCAGCAUUUUUUCUGUCCAAUUUCGUUAACAACUUUUCGCCGCUUUUCUGCAUUGCUUUUAUUAUAGUAUAAAAUUCAGAUCACUCUAAUGUCGAUCAACAGUCGGUACUAAGUGAUAGUGUGGCACACAACUCGCAGCAGCAUUCAUAGCUUUACUCCUGCUUAGUCAAUUCAAAAGGAUAUAGAUCUACACGUACAUACGAACACCGUCGUCAUGCUGCCACAAAGAACUAUGGAAUACUUAAUUUAUUUGGGAUUCUUCAUUCUGCUGUUGAGAUUUUCCGAUGCAGAUGCCGCUACUGUACGCACUUUCGAAGAGCCUGCCAGCGAGAAUAGUCUAAAGGCGCCGCCCGCCUCACAUUCCAGCCCGACCGAGACCACAGGCACGAGCAACAGCAAUAGCAAACGUGACGUAAUGAAACGCGCAUUUGAAGAGUGUAAAACACAGCUGAGCUGGAUGUGCUUGAAAAUUGAAUUUGUGAAAAUUAUGGAGCGUUUGAUGGAAAGGGACGAGCUGAAAUUAGUGCCUGGCGUGAGUGUAGUGAGAAAUGCCAAUGCCACAGAGGUGAAGAGCAACGACUUAAUAGCAGAAGUUGCACGAAGCUACCCGAAUGACCCUAACUCACGCCUCAAUGGAUACAUUGUGAACAAAUUGAGUAGUUUCCUGCAAACACACUACCUCCGUUUCAAAUUGAUCGACAGCGAAACAAUGGCGGAAGCCCGUUCAGCUGUGGAGACAGGACGUAAAGGAAAAUUUGGCAAAAAAGGUGGUAUGGAGGCGCUCAUCGCCGCUGGUCUAAUGAUGAAGGGAACUCUCAUGGCCAUUGGUAUGGGUGCUGUGGCGUUAAUGGCUGGCAAAGCACUCAUGACGGCACUAAUGGCCUUAACACUAUCCAGCGUAUUGGGUUUGAAGAGUUUGGCCUCCGGCGGUGGAAAGUCCACAACAUACGAAAUUGUUUCCAAACCUGUAUAUACUUCAAGCCAUUCGCACUCCUAUGAUGAAGGACACAGCAGCGGACACGGACAUAUGGGAGGUGGCCACAGCGGUAGCGGUUAUGGGGGUUACGCGCGAAGCCUAAAUUUAGAGUCACCGAAUGAGCUGCAGUGAAGAAGCUUAUCGUAUUUAAUUCAAGCUUAGUUUUAAUCUAGUUUGUAAUAAAUUAUUGAACGUUUUAUACACAUAUAUAGCAUAAAAGUAUUUAUUAUAAAAAUAAUAAUUCCCUGAGAUCUUUUAAUGGGCAUUUUUGUGAAAACACUACCAACUUCUAAAGAUUAUGAAUAAUAAUAAUUAAUUUAUUCUGCAUUUAUUGCGCAGCCAAAGCGUUUAUCACAUAACAAAACUGGCUCUACUCAUGCAUGUCAAUGAUAUUGCCAGAGUAAUUAGAAUAGCUAGGAUUUAGCCAUAACCCACAGUUGUCGGGCGUUAGGGUGUUAACGUUAGUUCUGUUAGUGGACAUAGGAAUACUAAAGGAAACGGUUGGACCUAUUGUAUAUGUAUGUUUAUUUGACGAAAGCCCUGUGCUAGUGCUUUAACUUCACUUUGCAGGUCAAAAGUCAGCUGACUGGCCAAGACUCUUUAAAGUUGUGUAGAAUAUCUUCUUCUUCUUGAUUGGCGUAAACACCGUGGUUAUAGCCGAAUUUACAGCAGCGAAUGCUCUGACCUCAUUUUCAAAACAAAUGUUAAAAAAAUGUUAAUACUAUUUCCUUUUUCAAUGUUGUAAUGAUGCCAGAAAGCGCACAUCAAUUUCGAGGCGUUUAAGGAAGCUAUCCUAACGUUUACUAACAUUAAAAAACUUUUUCAUAUUUAAAAGUCCAUUAACUCAAGUUGUCGGCUAAUUUAAAUAAGAACCAGAAAACGACGCAGACAAA